AUCCUGUAGUAAAAACCACGUACCGUCCUCUGUGGCACAACGUGAGGCCACACCCACUGCUCAGUGUGACUAAUUAACCCAAAGUCCACAUUCAUGGUCUGAGAAAUACAGCAGACACAGCAGCAGCGUGUGCUUGGGUCGGGGAGGAUCGAUCUGUGAUUAGUCACGUCGUCGCGUCGGGAAGGGACAGUGAUGCGACGAGUGCGUCAGGUCUCACACUGAAUUCAGGCGUUCGAGGAGUCGGCGUCCGCUGCGUUUACCCAUAAGGGGACGUGAAAACUGGAAACAUGCUCCCGAACCUCACGGCCGAGCGGUCGGCGCCCGGGGAGACGGCCUCCGCGGGGCUCGGCGCCGGGACGGCGGCGGCCUGUGCGAUCCUGGGCCUGUGCUUCCUGCUCGGCGCUCCGGGCAACCUGCUGGUGAUCUGGACCAUCCUGCGGCACGUCAGGAAGCGCUCCCACACCGUGGUGCUCAUCCUGCACCUGGCCGCCGCGGACCUGCUGGUGGUGGCGCCGCUGCCGCUGUGGAUCUACUCGCUGGCGCGCUCCUGGGUGUUCGGGGAGGCCUUCUGUAAGGCCCUGGUGUACGUCAUCAGCGUCUGCAUGUUCAGCAGCAUCUUCUUCAUCACCCUGAUGAGCGUGGAGCGCUUCCUGGCCAUCUGCUACCCGCUGGAGAUGCAGCGCUGGAAGGGCACCAGGGCCAUGAACGCGGGGCCCGUGCUGCUGUGGCUCCUCGCGCUGCCUCUGGGAGUCCCUUCGGCCACGGCUCAAACGCUGAGCAGCACCGACGGCGUGGAGCAGUGUUUCUCCAAGAAGUUCAGCUCCGUGGCUCCGGCCGUCGCCCUCCUGUGUCUGGAGACUGUGGGCGGCUUCAUCGUCCCCUUUAUCGUCCUUUCUGUCUGUUACCGUCUGGUGGCUGUGAAGCUCAAGAGGAGGAGCUUCACCUCCAAACAGAAGUCCAUGCGCCUCGUCCACGCUGUGGUCGUCGCCUUCAUUCUGUGCUGGCUGCCCUAUCACAUCGUGAACAUCGUGGACUUCGUCUGCAUCCUCGCGUCGGGCACCAAACACGACUGUUUGCCUCAGAGCGUGGUCUUCGGCUCCGGCGCCCUUGUUUUCGUCAGCAGCUCCGUGAACCCCGUGUUGUACACGUUCUUCGCAAAGAGCCUGAAAGGCAGCCUGAAGGAGUCCGGGCUGGUGCGGCUGUUCCGGGACACGGCCGCUUGGGCCGGCAGGCUGAGGGAGCCGGUGGCACCGCAGCAGAGUGGGCCGAGGCCAGCGGACGCACAGGAGGCGCUGAAGGUUCAGGUUCCAGGUUCAGAACAGUUAAAAUCUGAAUGUGAUCAGUAACGCUGUUGUGCAGUGCAACGAGGAGUAAUUUAUUGCUUUGUGGAUUAGCAGCUUGAGUUUAAGCUUAAUUGUUUGGUUUUUUUUGUCAGAUUUCUGUAAUGAAAGUGCUGCCGUCAUGUCGCGUGCUGCAGGUUUUCCCGUAAACCAUGAGCACUUACAGUCACUAUGGGUCAAAGGUUGGAGCCCAACCUCUUUUCUACUGUGAAUCGGCUUGUGUCUCAUCGAAGAAACAGAAGUGAACGCCUUGAACUCUGUAUGAACUUAUAGUGGCAGAAACACGCUGCUGUCAUUUGGGCCUAAACAUCAGUGGAAAAACACGUGAUCACCCACUGAUUUUGUUGGACAGGAUCUACAAUAUA